AUGCACAUUGGCAAAGCAACCUAUGAUCUUUCAAAGACCAAAUAUGAUGCUGAUGAUGUUCACGGCUUGCAGGAGAGAUUGGAGCCUAUUGAUGAGCAAUACAAGGAGGGAAUCUUCGAUGAUCGAGACCGAGUCAAUUCAUCCGAUGAUCCAUAUGAACAUCUAGGACAAGGAGAAGUAGCUCAUGAACUUGAUCGUCUUCAUGAGCAGCAUCAUUACAUGUUGGAAUCACUGGAAUAA